UGUAGUCUUUCUUACCUGUCGGAGGGAGUACAUUCCAUUUCUACUAAACUAAGUCUCAAUCCAGCCUUCAACCCACCCCUGCUUGCACUGCAACGCUGGCUCUGACUCCAGGUGCUCCACAUCACACUCCUCAUACCUUUCGUUUGGGAGGAUUUAAAAGGACACAGUUCUUGUACGGUUUGGCCAGGACAGAAACAACCAUCUGGCUAGUUUUCACUCAAUUUUAGUUCUUUAACCUGCUUGUUUUAUGUGUAUUGUCAUUUCAUAAUUAGAAUCAAAAUUGCUUACGGUCUUUUUGUUUUAUUUGUAAACAUCUACCUACUUCACUGUAGACUGACAGAAUGAUUGCCGUGGUGUUUGCCAAACUGUUGGUUUGUGGUUUGUCAUGUGGGCACAAGGGAAAUUUGGAGGCCGGGGUGUAAGUGUGCUAUUAAGGAUACUAGAGUGCAAAAAAUUGUGGUGUGGGUGCUUUACAGGAAGGUUGCGUUUGUCUGCACAGAGCCAUCCCAUUUAUGCCGGUGGCUGUAUGUGUAGCUGAACAGAGAGAGACAGACAGUUGAAUAAGAGAUAGAGCAAGAGGCCUCGUGUGUUUUACUUCUUGUGAUCUGUUAAAAACUCAGAGAAUGUUGCUCAGGUUGAUAUUUUGCAGCAAGAGCCUGUCCUGAAUGUGUUCAACAGCCAACUAUGUUCUCCCACUGAGGAGAACCUGUGAGGUAUUAGCUACUCCAGGCAGGCUGCGGGGGGGAGUGUCCGUGCCAGCUAAUUUCCCUGGAGCCAGGACUCAUGGAGCUCCUCAGGACACAGAGAUGGAUGUGGCUUGGCAGGAGCUGAUGGCCAUCUCAGAGUUGCAGGAGUUUGAAGUCCCUAGUGAAGUCUCCUAUGAAACAACACAGUACCAAACCAUGGAGCCCAUGGUCCCUAUGGGAGGGUAUGGGAUGGCUCAGUCUCAUUCUGAGCGUACUCCUGCUGCUUGUGACCUCAGCACUGCUGACACUUACAAUGGAUGUUACUCUGAAGAGAUGCCUGUCUGUCAUCGUCUAGGCAGCAACGCAGAGGCCGUGUACGGACACUCUGAAUCUCAGCUCAAUCAGAGAAUGCUCCCCAUCUCUUCUCAAGCACAGCCCUCGCUCAUGGCUCUUAGGGAACAGAUGAACAUGUCAGGUACCAGUCAAGGGCACAGGAGAGCCAAUGCCUGUUUCUCUCAGGGUCUAAGUCGGCACAUGCUGUGGACUACACAUGGACAAAGUUCACAUGUUCGCUCAGCUGAUGACCUGGAGUCAGACUCUGGUCUGUCUCUGGGUUCUAGUCCACCACUGGCUUCCCCCGAUAAUCCUGUUGGUGGUGCACCAGGUUACCAGAAUGUAGACAUAGGCAUGGCAUAUAGUGAUGAACCAGACAGCAUGACUGAGCAUGCCAGAAGAGCCCACAUCCAUUACCCAAUGGACUACCAGAGUCAAUCUCAAUCAUAUUUACAUGCAGGUUCACAUCCGUCUUAUUUUUCAUCCCAACCAACUUUUUCUCAUACACAACCUAAUGCUCUGACUCUGCAGUCAGUGAAAGAGCAGGGCCAGGCUGCUGUUCUGAAUGACUUGUACAAUGACUCUGGACUGUCCAGCAGAGGGUGCGCACAACAUAACUCGUAUACAAAAACACAAGGAAGCCCCUCCACUCCUGCUCCACUGAGCAGAGACGAGCGGCGGGCAGUGGCUCUGAAGAUUCCCUUCCCCAUGGAUAAGAUCAUCAAUCUACCCGUAGAUGACUUCAAUGAGCUUCUGACACAGUAUACUCUGACAGAUACUCAGCUAGCACUGGUCAGGGACAUUAGGAGGAGAGGGAAGAACAAGGUGGCAGCUCAGAACUGCAGGAAGAGGAAGCUUGAGAGCAUAAUUCACCUUGAACAAGAACUGAACCAGCUGCAGUCCCAGAGAGAGCACCUGGCACAGGAAAGGCUCGAGUUUCAACGCAGCUUGGCGUUCAUUAAAUGUCGCCUUACAGACCUCUAUGCAGAAGUAUUCUCUCACUUACGGGAUGAGGAUGGACAGCCAUACUCAAUAGAUGAAUACGCCCUGCAACAGACACCCGAUGGUAAAAUUUAUCUGGUACCUCACACAACUAUGAAAAAAAGAGAACAAUGCUAAGAGUCUCACUAUUUGUUUAUACUCCUGCAGGUAUACUGUCUGAUUGUGCCAACUGAAAGUACAUCAACUAGCUGGAAGUUACAAAUUCAGUUCAUGUGGUUUUGGCUAAACCCUCAUAUGUAAAACUUGCAACACAUGAAUCAAUGGUCACUUAAUAUUCUUAAAAUUGACUGAAACCAGAGUACUUUGUAAAAAAUACUUUAUUUUAAAAAAAAAGACAAAAAACAUUAAAAACCCACUGCACAGCAGUUAAAAAGGUAAAAAGUCUUCAGCACCAGCAUGAUUGUUCAAGUAAACCUGUGUAAUGAAAAGAACAGAAUCAGGUUAGAUUACAAAAUUUAAAAAAAUAAAUAAAUAAAAAAUUUGAUGAAGGUUUUAACGAUUCAUACCCAAAUGAGCCAUUGUCAUUGAAAUGAAAUUAGGUUUUUGGAGACCAUGUGUAGAUACCUAGAAAGCAGAAACACCAAAUAAGUAAAAUGCAAUCUGUCAAAAAAUAACUGUUCUAUUAACUGCAUGCUAAUUGUUGUAGGACCUCUAUGCACAAUUAAGAGGCCAAUUUUACCAGUCAAUGGUGUAAG